UGACAGAAACUAAAAUAGAUCUCCACUAGAAAUUUCCUUAGUCUUCUUCGUCACGAGUACGGAACUAAUUGAAUCAAUGUAACUACAGAGGUAAAUGUUGGCCCGGUGACCUGUAUGGCCUCCCAAUAUCAAUCAGCCAUCACUCGACAAGAGGAAAGGGAUCACAGACUGGCCAUCCUAAUACAGCAACAGGAAACUUUAGUAGCACGUCAACUGAGCACAAAGCCUGGAAGUCAUCAUAUAGAUCAACACAUUGAUGCAGCCAUCAGAAAUAGUCUUUUAAGCUCCUCCAGCAACACUCAGUCAGAGGAUUUAGAGACUGAUGGACUAUCUACAGGUCAAAGGUCAUCUCUAGAUCCAUUGCUGACAUCAUUUCCAUUAACUGGAACAAACUCAUUACCUCAGGUCAAAGGUCAAUCUGUUCCCUUGAUGUCGUCAAGAAGAGCAAGGCGUUUUGACCCGUUGGAUAGUUCUCAUUGUGAUAAUCAUGUGAUGGGGUUAUCAGAUGAGCAUACAGUAUUGAGACAAACAUCGCCUGUAGAUGGCACUGCUAGUUAUUUGUCGGAUCCUGAUAGCUCUGAUCAAAGUGACGAAGAUGAACAUUUCAAUGAAAUUAGAAAUACAGUGCCCUCAAAUUUCAAUGAAAAUGAAAGGACUUUGUCAGCUGGUGAUGAACAAAACUUAGAAAUUCAAGGUGCUUCAAAUUACUUAGAACGACGGAGAAGUUUCGGGAAUGAAGAUGAAGAUGAAAUUUCUAGAGAAAUUGAAGAGUUAAUGAAUAUAGGUGCUAUAAGUAAGUCAGAGGCAGAAUCAAUUCAGGAAAGUCAACAACGAAAGUUUAGGUUAAAUAAUAUGACAAAAUGGCAGAGGAAUAAUGAGGAUGAGGAGAUGAGACCGUUUGUCUUUGAUACGGAUGGAAUUCCUAUUAACUGGACAGAUGAAGGAGAAUUGACCAAUCAGAGACAAGGACAAUCCAUGGAUGUUAGACUUGUUGAGUUGCAGCCAGGUCAAAUAGAAUAUGAUAAAAUUGAUGAUGAAUUCAAGGAAACUGGUAUAGAAAUCACAAAAAUAGAAAGGAUUCAAAACACAUAUUUAUUAGAUAGAUUUAAGGCGGAGAUGGAAAGCACAGCAAGACGAAGACAUUCAGGAUUUGAUUUAAACAUACGAUACCUAUACCAUGGUACAAAGGCUGACAAGGAUCGUAUCGGUGAGGAGGGAUUGGAUCAGAGACUAAGUCGAAUGGGGUAUUUCGGUAAAGGUAUCUACUUUAGUGAUAACCCCCUAAAGUGUGUGUAUUACACGGAGAACAUGGACGGUCUCGGAGACGCAUACAUCCUCAAGUGCCGCGUCAUACUGGGGGACUCAAAGUGUUUCGCUGAAGGCCAGUAUGACACAUCUCUGAAACGAGAACCUGAGAAAGAGAAUGUUCAACCUGGGAUGUGGAGGUUUUAUGACUCAGUAGUGGGCUGUCCGAAGGACUACAAUGAGUUUGUAGUGUACGAAAACAGACGUGCCAUGAUUGAGUACAUCAUCUCAUUCAAAGUUGGGCCGGAAGUAGCAGCUGUCAUGCAACAGUUGAACACUGCUUCAGCAUUUGUAGGCAAGAAACAAGGAGGGGAAGGUGAACCAUUUGAUGACAACCAUCUUGAUCGGAUCAGACAGGUGAGAGAAGCAGUUCGUAGAAAACGAUGUCAGAACAGAGGGAUUACCUACAUGGAGCCAAAUCAGCAAAAAAAGCAACAAGAUGACCACAUGUGGAACAAACUUCAGAUGUUACAUGGAGUUAAACCAGCCGAGAUCAACACAGAAAAGGUAAUACCAGGAGCUUCAGCAUCUGAACCAAUUAGGAGUGAAUCAGACAAUACAAAAAUUUACAAUACGGACAAUUUUGAAAUACCUGACGCAGUAACUAUGGAAUCUUGGGAGGAAUUACCUUCACACAGGAGAACUACUUCAGGGGGAGGUAACUAUCAACAGGAACCAGAUCCUGUGGACCAGGUGAUGAGUGGACUUUUACAGGAAUUUCUUGGAGUGACAAGUACAGAAGAUGUAGGAAUGGCAAAAUACUACAUCACAUUGAAUGAAAUGAAUGUCAAUGAUGCUAUACUGAACUAUUAUAAUGAUCUGCCAUGAUUGUAUUGUAUACUUAGCUUGUGUUUUCUUUCAAAUCUUCAAUGUCAUUUUAGAAAAAUUCUUCUGUCGUCCAUAUGUCCAUAUACAAUCUUUGUUAUUGCUAUUUCAUGAAAAGUACUGGAGUGAUAUUCCUCAAACCUCAGGCGUUAGAAUCCCUUGGUCUCUAGUUAUGCUGAUUCAAUUUAGAUUUUUGAUCAGAAAAACAAAAUGGCUGAUAGCUAUAUAGGUGCAUGGCUAUCUUGGAUUUUGAGAAUUGAAGUUUGUUAUCGCUAUUUCUUUAAAGGUACUGGAGAGAUAUUCCUCAAAGAAGAUCUGUCUGACAAAAAAACAAUAAAGUUCAUUCAAUGGUGGUCACCCAGAUCCCUAUAUAUAAACUUACAUUUUUAAAUGAAAAUUAAAAGUAUAGCAUUCUAGAUUUGAUUUCUGACUUAAAUAAGUCUUCAUUCAAACAUGAUUCUCAUAAUAACCUAGCUGUUUUUAUGUCACCUGCAAAAAGCAGGCGAUAUUUAGGUACAUGUAUCACUAAAUAUCAGCAGAGGUGUCGGCACAAAGUUGCCAUGUGAUAACUCAAGUUCCUUUGGAUGGAUCAAACUCAGACUUCUUGCAGAUCUUCCUUACCAAAGUGCUUGCUUGGGAUUCUGUUUUUGGUUCAAAGGUCAAGGUCAAUAUUACUAAAAAUAGAAAAUUUGUUUCCUUGUGAUAACUCAAGUCCCUUUGGGCCAAUCAAACUCAUGCAGUUUUUCCUUACCACAAGUGCUUGUAUAGAAUUGUUUUUUUUAAUGGUUCAAGGGUCAAAGGUCAAGGCCACUGGUACUUUAAAUUGAAAAUCUGUUUCCUUGCUAUAACUCCAUCCUAUCUCUUAUCGCUAUCUUUAGCCUAUCAAACUCAUUUACCAAAAUUUCCUGUCUGUAUUAUUGAAUUCUGUAUUAUUGAAUUCCAAGCAUACUUGAGAAAUGCCCGUCUUUGCACUUGGAAAUCAAAUUGGACGGUUGGUUUGGUCAUAAUCACCCAUUUCAUUUCAACAUAUUUUAUUGGAAAACAAUUGGAUUGAACAUCAGGCUUAAGCCUAUAUCAAAGUUCCUUCGAUUACAUAUUACAUUUAUUUCAAAUAAUUAGUAUCUGGUUAUCACCCAGCUUGCUUCGUGAGGAACACAUCCACCUCUGUGGAAUUCUUAUCUGGACUUUUUUUCGCUUCAACUUGCUACUUCAGUUUAGGGUGGCGUUGUCAUAAUGAAUUACAGCCCGAGUCUAAAUCCUGUGUCAAUAUUUCAUUUCUCACUGGAGUUAGACCCCUUUCACAUAAGAAAUUUCUGUAAUUACCCGUCUUCAGGAAUUUUCGCUACUGUUUGCCACAUCAAGUUCAAAAUUUGUAUGUGUCUUUCAUUCAUGAUGGUUUACAGAUCAAGUCCAAUAAUAAUACUGGUAUUUUUUAUUCUGCUGGAGUUUGGGCCCUUUGCACAUAGGAAAUUCUCAUAAUUGUUUUCCAUAUGUUUUUUAACAAAUUGCUUGCCAUAUUUUUAGUUCACUGGGUCUGAGGGAGCUUAUGCACUUUGUCUCUAUUGAUGAUCUAGGGAAAAAAACAUAUCUUAUAUGUCUAUUUCUAUGUCUUAUCUAACGCUAAAUUGACCAAAAUUUGUACAACUUCUCCUACCAUGUUUAUCAAAACCUGAAUACCUAUACACAGAAUACAAUAGCUAUAAUUGUUACUAUCUAUAGUAAAGUAGCCUAUCGCUGAUAAGGGGGUUUUAAAGGUUCUCAAAUAAACCAAAUAUAUCUAAAAUAUAAGAAAACCAUAAGAUAUACCUGAAAUCAAUAAGGAUACUGAAAAACGUCUUGACAUUUCAGCAACCAGAUAGCAUUAUGUAAACAAUGAUUAUUAACCAAUUACUACUUAUGUUAAUAUAUACCUAUAAUUAUCCCUGAUCGUCGUUAGCUGCUACAUAAAAUAGGUUAUGUAACAGAAGUGGAACAUAAUAUGUAGUAGCUAAAACAUGUGAAAUAUCGUGUUACGCACAUUAUCAUUCUGAAUAUAAGAGCAUAUAGCGUUGAGAUAAUAUUCCUAUUUUUUCUCGUAAAUAUCCCAGGGGGGAUAAAACAGCACCAUCUGUAACAGCAAAAGAUUUUUUUCUCAAUUGUGAAUCCUCAUCAGCUUCAACAUGGAUUAAACAACACAAAAGUUUUGGAUAUAAUUGAUGUAUUACAGUCACGACAAUGGACAUGUUCACAGCGUAAAUUCUAAGUGACUGAAUGUCGAAAAAUGUUAUUACAGCUUUUUAGGUCACCUGAGACGAAGUCUCAGUUGACCUAUUGCAAUCGCCUUUUGUCCGGCGUCGUGCGUCGUGCGUCGUGUGUCGUCCGUCGUGCGUCGU